UCCAAAAUUUUCUAACAUAAUUGAUGGAAAUACCCUCAAAAGUCAAUGAUGAAGAAUCUUCUACUCUGCUAAUUAACGCAGCUUUUUGCUCCCUUAAUUCCUCAAAAUUUCUAUUCAAGAUAGCAUUUUGCUCUUUGUUAUAGCUUUUCCUCCCAUAAAUUGACAAACAGAUAAUCCAAAGUUCAAAAGUCUCUAACAGGAAUACAGAGAUAAAAAAAAAAAUGGAGUGGGAGAAUCAACAUGGAGAAGAAGAGUACUUGCAGUACCAAAUUCAGAAUGGGGUUUGCGGGAAAGUGAUGAGUGAUGAACAGGUAGAGGAACUGAAGAAACAGAUCGUUGCCUAUUCCACUAUUUCUGAACAGCUUGCUGAGUUGCACAAAUCCAUGUCUGCCCACCACGAUUUUACUGGCAUAAGGUUUGGAAAUCUAUACAGUGAUCCAAUAUCAGCUUCUGUCGGGCACAAGAUCACUGCUAGACAGCGAUGGACUCCAACGCCAUUACAACUUCAAAUUCUUGAGAAUAUAUAUGAGCAAGGAACCGGGACACCAAGCAAGCAGAAAAUCAAAGAGAUAGCAUCUGAACUAGCUCAACAUGGUCGAAUUUCUGAAACAAAUGUAUAUAAUUGGUUUCAGAAUCGUCGUGCUCGUUCAAAAAGAAAAUUUCAGGUCUCUACAGGUUCAGUCAAUGCUGAAUUUGAACCAGAUGUGAGCACAAAAGAUAAAAAGACCAAACCAGUAGGUCUGGACUUCAUUGACAACUUCUCACACGGGGUUGAAAGCUUCUAUUUCCAAGGUUCUGAAUCAGGGAUUGAUCAGUUGAUUGGUAAAGAGGAAUCUUCACGAGGCUAUGAUCCUUACAAUAAUUUAGUUGAACAAUUUGGGUUAUUAGGAUGAUGUCUUGCGUUUUUGUUUUAGGGCCGAACACGUUGGAUUUAUUUCUGUAUUUUUUAUUUAAUGAAAAAUAACUUAGUUAAGGAAA